AUGACAGAGCCGACGUUGCCGCGGGAACUCGAGAGAGCUGUGUUUGAGCUCGCGGCGUGGGCGGACCAGCGUAUGAUAUGCACACUGCCGCUCGUCGCGCGGCGGGUCAACGUCUGGAUUGGGCCGCUGCGGUAUCGGAUGUAUCGGAUACCGAGCAGCAGAGACCUCGAGGCGCUGUGGCGACAUGUAGAAACCCUCCCCGCGAGUGCUGCACACACAACACACUUUGCGACCACUCUGCGGGUGCCGCGCAUCGCAUCCCGCCUGGCCCGGACAUUCCCGAACCUCGUCGACCUGGGGCUGUGGGGCGAGCCGCCCUUCGCCUCCGACAUGCGCGCGCUGCAGCCGCUGGCCCAUCUGCGGCGGCUGUCCUUAAGCCCGUAUAAUGUCUUCCCGGAGACCGGCGCCGGCGUGAACUUCGUGCCGGACUUUCCCCCGCUCACACACCUGACGCACCUGGAGCUGCUCGGGCCGGCCGGCCACGCCGGGCCAUGGACGCCGCCCCUGAUCGCAGCGGCCUGCCCUGCGCUCACACACCUGUCCUUCAUGGACCAGUACCUCCCGGACGUCAUGCGCGACGCGCUGGGGACGCUGCUGCGCCUCGCGGUGUGUGUGUAUGUGCACGUGCCAGACGCAGACGCGGCCGCGGACGCGGGCGGCCUGGAGGCUGACGCGGCGACGUAUGAACGGCAGAGGGCGGUGAUCGUGGCCAUGGAUGAUCCACGCGCGGCGGCCUUGACUCGGGUCGACCUUGACGAGGACUGGGAGACCGGUGCCUGGGGCGGACGGGACUAUUGGGCCUGCGCAGAGGAGGAGGUUGCCCGGGCCGCAGCAGAGGCAAAUUCAACACAUGCAUAA